AUGGUCAUACCUUACUGUAUUAUAUCUUUUCUACCAAUUUUGAUUCUAUCAUUGACAACAAAUGAUGUUAGUGGCCAAAAUUUCAAUCAGUUUCAUCGGUUUCUGAAUCGUCGUCAGAGCUUUUGGAAACAUUCUACAGAACUAUCAGAUUCAAGUAUCCCACUGUAUCAAUGGGAUGAAACGGAAUAUCCGUACAUGCCUAUUGAUCACUUCACAUAUCGAAAUAGUGACCACUUUGCACUCAGGUAUUUAACAAAUUACUCAUAUUUCGAAUGCUCUGGACCUUUGUUUUUUUAUGCUGGUAAUGAAGGAUCUAUUGAAGGAUUUGCAGUAAAUACGGGUAUUAUGUGGAAUUUAGCACUUUCAUUUAAAGCUGCUCUCGUAUUCGCAGAACAUCGCUAUUACGGAAAAUCGAUGCCUUUUGGAAAUGACAGUUACACGUAUGUAACAAAAUUGGGAUAUUUGAGCGCCGCUCAAGCCUUAGCUGACUUCGCUGAGUUAAUUUACUACUUGAAAAUGGAUAUAAGCAAGUAUGGCCACUGUCCUCAAGAUACAGAAAUACCUGUAAUUGUAUUUGGUGGGUCUUAUGGUGGAAUGCUUGCUGCAUGGCUCCGCAUGAAAUAUCCUCAUAUUGUUAAUGGAGCCUGGGCGUCAUCUGCCCCAGUGAGAAAUUUUGAUGGGUCAGGCGUCAGUCCAGACCUAAUGAGUAAUAUUACUACACGUGUAUACGUGGACAGUGGAUGUAGUAGAGAUGCGUUUUCCAAAGGAUUUGAAGCCAUUAAACAGCUUUCUAAUUCAGAUAGUGGAAUUAAAGCACUGAACGAAAUAUUCCACGCAAAACCUGGCUAUGAGAUGCAGAGUGCAAAGGAUUUCGAGGAUCUUUACGACUACAUAACAGCUGCUAUUUUCUAUAUGGCUAUGACUGAUUACCCUUACCCAGCUGACUUUCUUGAAGCUUUACCUGCAUUUCCGGUUAAGUAUGCCUGUACAUUUGCUAAGGAAGCGCCUACAAAUGAAACAGAAUUGGCAAAACAGUUAUAUAAUGUUAUUAAUGUCUUCUAUAACUAUACCGGUGCUCUUGAUUAUAACUGCUUCACCGCAAACUGCUAUAAUUCAUAUGGAGCACUUGAUGCAGGCAGUGGUUGGGUUUGGCAGUCCUGCACAUCAAUGACAAUGCAAUUAUGUGACAGUGGUGGUGAAAAUGACUUCUUCCUAAAAACCUGUAAUGAGUCAAAAGAAAUAGAACAAAUGUUGAAAGAUAACUGCUUCUAUUACUUUAAAACGAUUGGUUAUACCGAAGACUUCUACCACACAAAAGAGCCAGCAAUACGAUAUGGCCUUACUUAUUUUGCAGCUAGCAAUAUCAUAUUUUCGAACGGUAACUUGGAUCCGUGGUCUGCAGGUGGAGUAUAUGAUGAUUCUCCUGGAAUUCAACAAGCCAAGAAAAACGGCGUUUACACAUUCUACAUGCUAGAUGCAGCUCAUCAUCUUGAUUUACGCUCACCAAACACAUGCGAUCCCCCAUCUGUCAUGUCCGCACGUCAUCAGAUAGUAAGAAUUCUACAAUGUUGGGUUUAUAAUAACUGCACAGAAUUACCAUCACCAGAAAGAUUACCCGAUAACAGUGAAUGGAAGUUACCAACGGAAUGUAAAUACAUCAAUGAGAGUUAUCCAUGGGGAUAUGAAUCAAAGGUAUGCUUUGUUUGA